AUUUAAUAGUUAGCUAAAUACCAAGUAAAAAUGAAGAAAAAGGUAUUACUAAUGGGAAAAAGUGGAUCUGGAAAGACCAGCAUGAGGUCCAUAAUAUUCGCUAAUUAUAUUGCCAGAGAUACGAGGCGUUUAGGAGCUACAAUUGAUGUUGAGCACUCCCAUGUAAGAUUCCUUGGAAAUCUAGUCCUCAAUCUCUGGGACUGUGGAGGACAAGAGGCGUUCAUGGAAAACUAUUUCGCCUCGCAACGCGAUAACAUUUUCAGGAAUGUAGAGGUGCUUAUUUAUGUUUUUGAUGUUGAAAGUAGAGAACUUGAGAAGGAUUAUCACUACUACCAGUCCUGCUUGGAAGCGAUCCUGCAGAAUUCCCGAGAAGCGAAAAUAUUCUGUUUGAUCCACAAGAUGGAUUUGGUUGCCGAGGACCAAAGAGACAUUAUUUUCAAAGAGCGCGAAGCCGAUUUGAUCAGGCUGUCAAAGCCGUUGGAUUGUACGUGUUUUCGAACGUCGAUUUGGGACGAAACCCUUUACCGAGCUUGGUCUAGUAUAGUUUACAUGCUAAUACCUAACGUUAAAGAACUAGAAACUAGCCUUCAACAGUUCGCCAAUAUAGUGGAUGCUGAUGAAGUCCUCCUGUUUGAAAGAGCGACAUUUUUAGUCAUUUCACAUUGCCAAAGAAAGGAGCAUCGUGAUGUUCAUCGGUUUGAGAAAGUUUCCAAUAUUAUUAAGCAAUUCAAAUUAUCCUGUUCCAAAUUAGCGGCCCAAUUCCAAAGCAUGGAGGUGCGUAAUGCCCUUUUUGCGGCCUACAUCGACAUGUUCACCAGUAACACAUACGUAAUGGUGUGCAUGUCCGAUCCGCAAAUUCCUUCUGAGGUUACGCUGAUCAAUAUUAGAAAUGCGCGAAAACACUUCGAGCUGUUAGAAAAAGUCUCAAACUCUUCCAUGGGUCGUUAAGUUUUGCUUGCUUUUUGUCUGUUUCAUGUACUAUAUUUUAACAAACUGUACAUAUUAAUAUAUAAAUCCACUACUAGGCACAUAUCGAAGAAUCCGGGUGUUAAUUUUAUUCAACUGGAUUUCGCAAGUGCAAUGGCCUGGUUAAACACAACUUCAUUUCAAGAAUAAAAAUAUUGCUGUUUGCUUCUAAACUGGCACAUUUAAUGACGGUUUGAAGUUCUAUCGUAAUAAUUAAUAACUUGUAGCAUUUGUGAAAAAAAUUAAUUGGAUCGUUGUGUAUAGACAAUUCAGAUAUUUUAAUAAAUUUCCUAAAAAACU